AUGCCGUCCUGGAAGCGUCUCAUACGGUUCGAAUCGACAGACGGCAAGACCCUGCGGGGUGAGCCGAUCCUACCCUCACCAGAUUUCGAUGUGGGUACAACAACAGAAGAGACAAGACUGAAGGCGAAAGUCAUCGAGGUCGCCAACAACGAUAUCUUCGACCCUGCGACAAAGGUUACAGACCAAGAAGUAACGGUCAAGAAACUCCUCGGUCCCGUGACAACUGAUGAAGUCCCCAUCAUUCGCUGCAUCGGGCUGAACUUCAUCAAGCACAUUCAGGAAGGUGGUCGCACGCUACCACCCUACCCUUCCACCUUCAUCAAGGCCAACACCUGCCUGAACGACCAUGGCGCACCCAUUGUUAUUCCAAAACUAGCACAAGACAAUCAAGCCGAUUACGAAGGUGAACUUUGCUUCAUUAUCUCCAAGGAUGCCCUGAAUGUUUCAGAAGCCGAUGCCUACAAAUACGUGGGCGGUUACCUGUGCGGCAAUGAUGUCAGCUCAAGAAAGCUGCAGCGCGACCCUAAGCUUGCAGGCACUGUGCCGCAAUGGAAUUUCUCCAAGGGGUUUGACACCUACGCGCCGCUAGGCCCGCAGAUUGUCAGCACUGAGGUUGUGCCCGACCCUUCCAAGCUGUACCUGAAGACCAUUGUGAAUGGAGAUGUAAGGCAGAGUGAAACAAUCGAUGAUCUGUGCUUCAAGAUUCACACCAUCGUAAGCUACUGCAGCCAGGGAACUACGCUGAAGAAGGGCACUGUUAUCAUGACAGGAACUCCUAGUGGUGUCGGCUACGCCAUGAAGGAACCACAGUUCUUGAAGCCGGGCGAUGUCGUAGAAGUUAACAUCAAUGCGAUAGGAACACUGCGAAACACAGUCGAAUACGCGUGA